GAAGGAAGGAAGGAAGGAAGGAAGGAAGGAAGGAAGAAGGGAGGGAGGAGGCGGGGGGCGCCGCUGGCCAUCGCCCGCUAGCUCUGCGCCUUCUCCAUCCUGCGCUGCGGGCAUCCUCCGAGCAACAGCGGAGCCGGGGCAGAGCCAGGAGGCUGCGGGAAGCAACCAAGGACCCCCGGACACCCGCCCACCCGCUCACUCACUCACCCACCCACCCGGGCACUGGGUUGCCCCGGAGCAGAGGGUGCAAGCUGUGCGCCCGCGGACCGUGUGCGUCCUGCUGCAAUCGGGGCUCCGGAGAGGGGACCUUGGCAAGGCUGGGCUUGCAGUUGGGGUCGGGGCAGAAGCUUCCCGAGGAAUCUCCGCGCUCCGGUCGGGUUGGCUCGUCUUCCCAGGAACCCGUUGAAACCGGGGAGUCGCAGGCGAAGGAACUCAACCGCGGGGUCUCGGGGGCGCAGAAGGAUGGGAGGUUUUCCCCCCAGCCAGCUUUCCUGGAGGUUCAGAAUUGGAAAUGAACGUGUGAAUGCAACUCAGGGUAGAGGAAGGCAGGUCGGGACAGGGGGGUGGAAUGGAGCAGAAGAAACUCCUUGAGAGGCUUUGGCCGAUUCCCAGAAGCUUGAGCUGAGACUGGGAAAGGUCACCCCAUGAGCAUUGGGGGGCUUGGGACGGACUCUUCUGGACCCGCAGGAGCUCCCUCUUAACCCUGCCUCUGAGAAACAGAAGUAUUGGGAGAGCCUCCUAACCACCUUUCAAGUCAUGGUGGGUCACCUGCAGUUCCAAGGUAUGGACAACACCAACAAGGAAAAGAAUCGGGAAAGUUUGCUGGACAGUCCUGAUUCUGGGCUGCCCCCCAGCCCAAGCCCCCCUUUCUAUUCCUUGUCUCCGGGCGGAGCAGAGAACAAAGCCGUGGACAAGAAUUCCUGCACAGAAAUUGUGGCUCAGGGGCCCGGGAGAGAUGGCUCGGAAGGGAAGCUGAUUCCUUAUGUGUAUCUGAGCUCCUACACUUCUGAAAUCAGACCUCGAAUGUACCCGGUGUUUUUUGGAGAAAGCAUAGAGGUCAACCCUGAGCCAGUACAGGAAAUCAGGUGCAAUUCGGAGAUCAAGUACAGCUCGGAGAAACAUUACCGGGAUGGCAUCUUCUACCACCCCACGCCCACCAUCACUACCUACCGAGAGUCCGUCACGGUGGCCCCCAACUGCACUUGGCGCAACUACAAGUCUCAGCUCCUUUUCGAGCCUCGUCAGAAGCCCCUCCGGUAUCAAAGCACGACCAUCAUUUUCCCCAAACGCGCCAAGAACCUUUACCGGACCACGCUCAACUACUGGCUGGGCUGUGCCAAGCGGUGGUUCGCCUCCAGCGUCCAACUCGCCUUGUGCGAGGACAACAACACCUACCUGACACAUCCAGAGAACUUGUCCUAGGCUUUCUGGAAGGCUGGGCUAGGUUACACCAUCCACCUGCAGAACAGAUCCACCCCUUGGAGACAAGUUUACGGACUUCAUCAUCCCUCGGCUGAAGGCAUCUCAGAGAUGUCCGUCCCCAGGGUUACAAUUCCUUCCUUUGCUGACUUGAUUGUGGGCCACGCCAAGUUUCUAUCACACUUCCAAGAACCAGUUCGGGGAGAACGCCUCCUCUGAAGAAGUUAUUUAUGUAGCACUUAAAUGCCGCUUUUUAAUCCAGAAGGCUUGUCUUUAGUAAUUUGCUAUUUAAAUCUCUCUAAGGUAUGAAACUUUUUUGAAGAUUUCCCUGUGGCUUUUAGGAGGUUUGUUUCCUUGGGAAAAAAGUAUUAUCCAAGAAUCUCAUUGGCCAAUCGAGCAAUCGUCAUCAUCAUUUAAUGACCCCAUAAUCCCUUGCGAGAUGGAGUCUGGGCAGAGUGGAUGGAGCUAGCAGAGUGUUUGAAUGGCCGGAUGCCCUUCCUGUCGCCAGUGUGGAGUUUCGUGCAGCAGAGAGAAUUCAAAGAGAAAUAUCUGCCUCUACCUAGGAUUGAACUCACAGCCUCCUGGUUGUGAGGCGAGAGCUCCGCCUCUAGGCCACCACCCCACUCGUUGGCCAAUCGAGCAAUCUAAGUGUUGAUUUCAUCUGGGGAGUAUUAUUGGAAAGUCUCAAGAUCACCAUGAUGGGAUGAACACAUAAAUUGGAGGAAUUUUAUGCAAGAAUUAUGCAUGAUAAGCUUAGCUUUUGGGGAGAGAAAAGCCAUCAGUUGUCUUGGACCAAAUGUCUAUUCCUGCCCCCCCCCCCAAAAAAAAAACAUUCUGUGAAAAAAAGUGUUUCAAAUUCAUAAUUUCAAGAGUUCGCCUCUCUAAAAUGCCUGGGAAGGAUUUUCAGAGGAGAAACAGAAGUGAAUGCAUGGAAAUCGGAAGGAGAAAUGACUUUACAUUGUCAACCGUUAGGUAACCAAAGAACCGGAAGAAGGGGGAAAAAAAAAACCUUUGCAUAUGCUCCGCAACCAUCUCCUUGCUAUUAUAUUUCCUGCUUUGAAAGAUUGGGAUUUUCAGCAUUUUGAAUGUUGCAAAAAUCCGCACCACCAUUAGAAGUAGCGAAGUAAGACAGAUACGGAUUUGAUUUUUAUUGAGCGGCUUUAAAACAAUCAAAACCAAACCAAAAAAGCUCUAGAAAGGAAAUUAAACCCAAAUGAAUCUUUUGGGGUGAUCUGAAAGUCAGAAAGUUGGAGAAAUUUUUAAGCAUGAAUGGUAUUUAAAAAACUGCCUCGGUGAACAAUGGCCAAUGCAGUUUUGAAUUUUCAAUGUGGGUGUAUUUAAGACUCGAGCAAUGGAAACAAGAGGAGAAAUUAGAAAUUAGUGUUGUUGAUAGUGGAAGAUUGUAGAGAGGCCUCAGUUCCACAGAAAUGGUUCGGGAAAUAAAUCAUUGUGGGUAGUCCUUGAUUUACGGCCACAGUUGGGAGCAGACUCUUCAUUACUAAGCAAUAUUCAGUGAAUUGUGCUUGACUUACGACCUUUGGGCCACCGUUGUAAAGUGAAUCCGUGCAGUUGUAAUGUCAGCCAAGCGGUCAUUAAGCAACCCCAGCCUCCCAUAUUGACUGUGCUUGUGGGAAGGAAGCCAGGAAGGCCGCAAACAUCGAUCCCCUAACCCGGGACACUGCAACCAGGGUGGUCGUAAAUGCGAGGAACGGUUGCGAGUCACUUUUGUGACUCUGAGUGGCCUUUUCAUCCAUUCUGGAGCCCAUCAGAGUCCCCCGUGGUCAGCCCCCAAACUAAACGACAGAAUCAUGCCAUCU